UAGAGGUGAAUACAGAAAAGUAAAAAUGGACAGAAGACAGAGAAUGCUUCUGCAGCUGCUCAGCUUUGCUGCUCUUCUUGCUUGCUCCCACUGCCAGUGUCAGCCAGGCUGGAGGGAGUAUGAGGACAAAUGUUACUUCUUUUCAACUGACACAAAGUCAUGGAUGGAGGCUAAUGCUUUUUGUUUGGGGCAGAACAGCAACCUGAUGAGCAUUCAGGACAUUCACGAGAGGCUUUGGGUGAGAACACAAAUCAGCAGAGAGUACUACUGGAUCGGCCUGAAUGACCAAGUCACAGAAGGUGUCUGGGAGUGGAGCGAUGGGAGUCCUUUUAUACCAUAUCUAUCAUACUGGAUGCAAGGCCAGCCUGAUAACUGGGGCGAUGAACCUGGGGAGGACUGUGGUCAGGUGGUAGGAAGCAGCUUUGCACAAUGGAAUGACGAAAACUGCAAUGUUAAGAGGAAAUACAUCUGCAAGCACAUCAACCCCAAUCCUAGCCCACAGUGUGACUUAGCCAACGGGUGGAGGCAGUACGGCUCCAAUUGCUACAAGCUAAAGGCAGACACAAGGAAGAGCUGGGUCGCAGCCAGACAUGACUGCGUGCAGGAUGGAGGAGAUCUGGUGUCCAUCGUCUCUGCAGGAGAAGAGCAAUACAUUACAGGAACACUGGACCCAUCACGGUUUGACAUCUGGAUUGGAUUUUCCACACUGAAAUGCAACAAGAUCUCAUGUCAAGUUGAAGUGGGGAACUCCCAGUUUACCUGGUCUGAUGCUACCUCAUCAGGCUACACAAACUGGGCUGGUGGUGAACCUACAGUUGAUACACAGACUGGCACAUGCGGUGCAAUAAUCAAAGAUGCAACAGAUGAAUUUGGGAAAUGGAAGUCCCAUGUCUGCAGAUAUGAGCGUCCUUACAUGUGUAAACGACCAUUGAACACCAUCUGCCCUGCUGGCUGGUUGAGCUUCGCUGGCAGCUGUUAUUGGACGGUCAGUAAUACCAAUCUCUUGACCACCUGGCACGAGGCCCUCACCAAGUGCUCUGAUAUGGGGGCCCACUUGCUGAUUAUAAACAGUCAAGAAGAACAGUUCUUCAUAAAUGGGCAACUUCCAGAAUUUCACCAAGUAGACAUUCCUGACAUCUGGAUUGGUUUAUCAGACAUGGGCCAGGAUGGAGAUUUCAAAUGGGUGGAUAAAUCCGCAGUUGAGUUUUCUAACUAUGGUCCCGGUUGGCCCAGAAACACUGCAGAUGUCUGGGACUGUGGACAGAUCUUCACAGGAAAUUAUGACGGCAAGUGGGAAACAACCAACUGCUUCAAGAGCCUGGGUUACAUUUGUGAGAUGACAGGGGGACAGAAUCCGAAACCGACUGCAACUCCUGAUUCCCACUGUGACCCUGGAUAUUUGUUGUAUGGGGACUUCUGCUAUCAUUUUGAGACUGAG